AUGAGCCAUUCUUCCAUGCAUACCUCCACUUCCUACAGGCGCACCUUCGGAAGCCCACACCCUACUUCCAUGUCCUCUUAUUCCAGUAUGUCCUCCCGUCAGCCCAUCUCCGGGGGUCGCUACAUGCGCUCGGUGUCACCGAUGUUGUCGUCCCGUUCCACCGCCUACCACCAACAGCGUUCCCGUCCCAGCGUCCAACCCCAACGUCUAACCUACGACAAGGUGGAUUUUACCAUGGCUGAAGCCAUCAACCAGGAGUUCCUAACCACUCGCAGCAACGAGAAAGCCGAGCUGCAGGAGCUCAACGACCGCUUCGCCAGCUUCAUCGAGAAGGUGCGCUACCUGGAGCAGCAGAAUGGUGCGCUGCAGCAGGAGCUCAGCCACUUCAAGGGCCAGCAGCAGCACGGCCAGCCCAACCGCGCCUCCGAGAUCUUCCAGGAGGAGCUGAGGGAGAUGAGGCGCCAGAUGGACGCCAUCGGUAAGGAGAGGGACCAGUACCAAGUGGAGAGGGACAACCUGGCAGAGGACCUGGCGCUGCUCAAGCAGAGGCUGGAUGAAGAAGCCCAGAAGAGGGCAGAUGCUGAGAAUAACCUGGCAGCUUUCCGCAAGGAUGUGGAUGAUGCCACAUUAUCCCGUCUGGAGCUGGAAAGGAAGAUCGAGUCUCUGAUGGAUGAAAUAGAAUUCCUCAAGAAGAUGCAUGAUGAGGAAAUCCAAGAUGUUCAAGUGAGUGUGCAGACACAGCAGUUGAGCCUCCAGAUGGACAACAGCGCCCGGCCAGACCUCACCGGUGCUCUGAGGGACAUCAGGGCCCAGUAUGAGACCAUCGCCUUGAAGAACAUGCAAGAAACCGAGGACUGGCACAAGUCCAAGUUUGCAGAUUUGACCGAGUCCGCAAAGCGCAACGGGGAUGCCUUGAAACAGGCCAAGCAGGAGGCCAGCGAGUCCAGGAGGCAGAUCCAGUCUCUUAACUGUGAGAUUGACGCCCUGAAGAACACGAAUGAAGCCCUGCUAAGGCAGAUGCGUGACAUGGAGGACCAGUUUAACAACGAGAUCGCCAACUACCAGGACAACGUAGGCAGACUGGAGGACGAGAUUCGCCACCUGAAGGAUGAGAUGGCUCGUCACCUUCGGGAAUACCAGGAUCUCCUAAAUGUCAAGAUGGCUCUGGACAUCGAGAUCGCCACUUAUCGUAAAUUGCUGGAAGGGGAGGAGAGCAGGAUCACUGUGCCGAUGCUCAAUAUUGGUAUGGCAAAUCACUUUGGUGAACGUGAUUAUGAACCCAUGCAUGACACUAGCAGCAAGAGGACCGUUGUGAUAAAGACCGUUGAAACCAGAGAUGGCGAGGUGGUGAAAGAAUCCAAGCGGGAGAAGGAGCGAGACUCUGGUCACUCUGACAAAGAUGACAAGGACAACUGAGAAGAACCAGAUCGGAUAAUGUGAAGGCUUGUGCCAUGACAAGAAAAAAAAAAACAUAUGAAAAAAAAAGUCCUUUUUGUGUUUGAUUGUCUAGCAAACAGUAACUGGAUGCGGGUGCAAAGUUAAAUCAAUACAUUUAGACAGUGUGUCACUUUGGUGCUAGUAAAGCCACCCAGCUGUUCCAAAACACAGCUGUGUCAUCUGCCGGGACAACGCAGAACUGCCCCAUCAACAUACCAGUUGAGGCCUUUAUUUGCAGUGCAAUCCCAUGGAGUCUAUUUGAUGGCCACAUGUUUGGAGCUUGCUAUAUAUUUAAACAGCAGUUGAAAAGCAGUGCAAGAGCAAUAGCUAUACAUAUAUUCCUUCAAAUAAAAAU